AGAUACGAAUAUAACUUCCGGUUGUGUUAUCUUAUAGGUAGUAGUAUCAUCAUCUAUUAGGUUUUCCUAAUAGCGAUCCCCUGCAGGUCCAACCUUUCGGCUACGCGCAGGGAACAGAUGGUACCUACCUGCUUACCAAAUGCUAUGUACCUACUACCCAGUAGGUGUUGCGUAACAGGCGCACAUCUUUUAACGAAUCAUUCCUCUGAUCAAGGAGAGAUCUGCAACAACGGUCUAAAUUGGGCUUACCCUAAUCUAGAUAUCUACCUAAUAGGUACCUUACAAUCCUCGUUUAAGAAGGACCAUUGUUAUCACUCAGGUAUCUCAUCAACACUUACGGCACCUGGAAAAUGUAUGCCGCUACAUUACUUGGCUUGUUGGCUGGAGCAGCGACCUCCGAGGCCUUGAAGUACGAUGUCCCCACAAGCAUCAAGGCCACGAACUGCCCAUUGCCAGCCAAUUAUACAGUCUCCGACUUCACCAUCUAUACGGAUACAGCCAACAAUACCAAAAGUGCUACUACCUUUAGUUUCUCUGACCCGAGCACGGGCAUUGAGACUUUCUGUAGCCGAAAUUCAACCUCGAAGCCCAGUGCCACAGGCACCAACCGAUGGCCCUGCGAUAAUUCCAUGGUUGCAUUUAUCUGGCAAACGACCGGAAUCGCUGGUUUGACCAUGAUUGAGCAAGCGUGUCCUGGAAGUGUUCCCCAGUUUGAAGCCUCGGGCCUGAUCGCACCAGAGCUGGCAUGCACGAAUUCCACUUCAGGGUCGACCUGCGUUGCUAAGCAGUCCCCAAUCUUUGGAGACUUUGAUAGCUUCGAGCCUGCUCCUCCUUCCUGAGGUUGCCAAGAAUGAUCAACCAAUUACUUCAAGAAAGCUUCAUUAUCAUAUGCCGUACGAAGUUUGUAAACCGGGAGAAACUCCGUACAAGAAGAAACGAAGAAACGAAGAAACGGAUGGUGGAAGCAUGAAUAUCUAAUUGUACGUUCCGGACGUGUUCAACAUUGUUAUGUAGACUCUAGAUAAUAGAUGAAGAGCAAUCAAGUUGCCUGUAUGUACAUACCUGUAAAAGGUAUGCACCUGGGACCUGGGUAUUUAUAAUGAAUUGAGGUUCAAUCAAGAUUCACACCAUGCAUUAAUAUGUCAUGCCUCUAAGCGACAACGGGCAUAGUGGCGCUUCUUGAUCGGAUAACAUCCAAUGCUUAAUCUAGCAGGU